AAGCGGGCUGACGCCGGCUACCGGUUCGUUGCUGGAUGCCUGACGGUCGCGGGACGGGUGGUGACGACGGCAGCAGAACUGGAGCUCCACGGCAUCACCAACGUGACGACGGUUACCGCGUGCGGGGAGUGCACGAAGGACGGCGACUGCUUUGCCCCGCUGACGACGGCGGUCAUUGACUGCAAGUGCCAGUGCGCUGCUGGAGGGCACGGCGAUGUGUGCGUCCCGGCGCCUGUGCCUGCUGGCCCGCCGCCAUCGUCAUCGCCACCACUGCCACCACCGCCACCACCCACGCCACCGUUACCGCCGGUGGGUGAGUGCAUCAGCGACAUUGUGUACCCCGAGGUUGCGCAGGCAGUGGGCAGUGGGCAGUCGUGGCUGUGCUACCGCAACGUGACGUUCAGCGGGGGCGGCAUGAGACUGACGGUGCUGCUUGGGGCGAUGACGGGCGACGUGGCGAAUGUCAUGUUCGAUGGAUGCACGUGGAGGGACGGCGCCGUGCUGUUGCUUUUGGGCAGCGCGUACGCCUUUGUGGGGUCGCUGAACAUCGUCGUCACCGGCAACACUUUUCGUGACGCGCUGCUCAGCCCGGAGGGUGUGUUUCCACCGCACACGAACAUCACGAUCAGCUGGAACCGCUUCACGGUCACGAGGCUGAUCCCUCGGUCGGGUUUGGGCCUUGACAGCCCGUCGUGUGUUGCGAUGAAUGGACUGGCGAUCAGCAAUGACUCCGCGGUGGUGUUCAGUGGCAAUGUGUUUGAGAGCGUGGGGGCAUCGUCAAGUGCUCUUUACGUUGUCAGAUCUGCGCUGAGCGUGUCGUGGCACUCCGUUUUUGCGGUGGUGGGCAACGUGUUUCAUAUGGCUGGCAGUGACGGCACGCUGAUUAAUCUUGAGGGGUCUAGCCAGUCAUUUUCGCUGAAGGUGCUGAACGACUCUGCCGUGGUGAUCCGAGGCAACGUUGUGUCGAGGCCGGUGAAGUACUUUUUAUUAGUAAUUUUGGCAUUACGUGUGGAGUCCCGGUCAGCGGUUGUGUUUCAGGGCAACGAAAUGCAGGGAAUCUCGGUCGCGUUCUUCCUGAGCUACCCUUCCUGCAUCGACUACAACUCCUGGCUGCAAUUGAGCGACAACCUCUGCCGUGAAUCCCCAUCGGAUGCGUUUGCACUCCUGAGCCCCACGGUGAAUCUCCGCGACUCCACGGUGUCUGUGUCCGGCAACCGAUUCAUGUCCAGCACGGUCACGCCGACAGUUUUACGGAUACCCAAAGGGUCCCGCGAUAUCACGAACGGAGCUAUUGUGGCUGGGUGCAACACUGUGAACGGCGAGGAGGAAGUGAACUACGUCAUCCCGUCCGUGUACAAUGCCACCAUUCUGACGUGCAGCGACCCAUGCGCCCUCGCGACGUCGUGCUUCCCCGCGUACACGACGACGGUUUCGAGAGAUGGCUGCGCCUGCACGUGCGCGGAGGUCGGCCACGGCGAUGCGUGCCUGCCUGUCGCUGUCCCCGAACCACCGAGCACCGACGGCGUCGACCUGUGCGUGCGGGACGUGAGUGUGGAUGUGGAGGUGAACGCCGGCCUCGGGACGUCGGUGGCGUGCUACGUUGGUGUGACCUUUGCGGCGGACGUCGUGGUGGACGUGGGGUCGAUGUCGGGGAGCGUGCGCAACGUGACGCUGGCGAACUGCACGUUUGUGGGCGGAGCGAGCCUGUACGUUGUCGGGUGGCUGUCCGACCCGCCUGCUGACGAGCGCGUUGAUGUGUUGGUCAGCGGGCUUGAGUCGCGCUCCGGCGGCGGUGCGCUGGUGGCGAACCGAUUCCCGCCGGGCUCGCGCGUCGCUGUGGUGGACUCGGUGCUGAUCGCGGAGAAGCGCGUUGCGUACCGCGGCGACUACGAUCUUGGCGACCUCUCCGCGUGCCUCGUGGUGCACAGCGUGAAUCUGACGGGGAGCGUGCUGACAAUUGCGCGCACGCAUGUGGCGGCGGUGUUCCGUGACGCUGUUGGCGUGUUGGUGGUUGGCGGCGUGGCGCUGUCGUCGCGCGGUGCGCUGUACUUGGACGGGCUGUUGGUGCAGACGGCGCUGGGGCUGUGCGUGUCGGUGGAAGGCGGUGUUUCGGCCAGCGGCGGCUCCGUGGUGGCAUUUGUUGACAGCGACUUCCUGCUGUGCAAGCACGCGGUGUCUGUGCGUGGGGCUGUGAGCGUGUCGGGCUCCGCUGUGGCGCUUGUGCGGAGCGACUUUUUGUCGACGGAGGACUACGCGGUGGCGUUCUAUUCGACGGUGAGCCUGGCCGGCGGGUCGAUGCUGCUGGCGAAGGACAACGUGCACGACGGCGGCUCGAGGGAGAUGCUCUACGCCGCUGGCGCCGUGACCGCUGCUGGGAGCACGCUGAGCUUUGUGCGCAACCGAGCGCUGCUGCCGCGGAUGGUGUCGGUGAGCCUGUCGCUUGCGGCUGGGGCGCAUUUGAGGGUGGCGUGCAACGACGCCGGUGGACGUGUCCUGUCGACGGCGGAGGAGUACGCUGCGGCUGGAUUUGGCGACGCUGGGAGCAUCGACGUUGUUGGGUGCGACGCCUGCGACAGGGACACGCACUGCUACGCGCCCGGGACGGCGUCUGCGAGCAUGAGGAACGGUGUGUGCGUGUGCGCGUGCGGCAGCGGCGGGUACGGCGAGGUGUGCGUGCCUGUGGGAGCUCCCGCACUGCCGCCCGCUGUGGGCACUGCGUCGAGUGUGUUCUUCCGCGAGGGCGUGACGGUGCAGUCGGUGUUUGUUGUGCCUGCCGGUGCGAGCGAGAUGACGCUGCGCCACGUUGUGCUGGACGGCGUGAGUCCUGUGCUCUACGUGCCGUGGAUGGCGCGGGACGGCGUGCGGAUUGUUGUGCAGAACGUGUCGCUGCUGAACGGUGCCGUGCUGUACGUGAUGGGCGGAGGAGCGUUGCGCGGUGCGGGGGCGGCGGGGAGCGACGAGAGCGGGCCGGUGGAGCUGUCCGUGUGCGAUGUGGAGGCGCUGAACGGUGCACUUGUGCUGACCGGCACGUAUCCCGCGGGAUCUGUGCUGACGGUGACGGACACCCUGCUGGUUGCCGCGAGGCCGACGCCACUUGUGUAUCUUCCCGGUUCGCAGUCCUCGCCGUACGCACCGGUGCUGGUGCUGUCAGGCCUGCGACUCGUGCGGUCCGUGCUGGUUGUGUCCGGCGUUGCUCUCGUGACGGUGAUGACUGGUGGGCGGACGGUGGUGGUGGACGACGCUGUGCUGGAGCUCGUCGGCGGCGGUGUCGCGCUGGAUGCGGCUGUGCUCGGUGGCGAAUAUGCGUUUUACGCGAGUGCGCGCGUGGUUGCGUCUGGGGGCGCUGUGCUGCGCGUGUCGGGGAGCCAGGUGUACGCCGCGCAUGGAUUGGUAUUCGGCAGCGGAGUGGAGGCCAACGCGUCCGCCGUCGUAGUGAAUGACAACGCCGGUGCGCUGACCGAUGGCGCGCUGCUGGAGCUGCGGAGGUCGGCGUCGUUUGUGUCCGGUUCGUGGCUUUCGGUGCGCGGCAACAGCAUCAGCGGCAGGCUUCUGUCGGUGCCGUCGUACCCGCGCAGUGCGGACCUCGUGCGGAGCACGCUGACGCUCCACGGGAAUGCCGGCAGCGGGCCCGUUGUGAUGGACGGCACCGUUGCGCUUGUGGGUGCCGGCCGGAAGUUUGUUGUGGGGUGCCUGACGCUCAACGGGCAGGCGCUGCGGCCGAUGGACUACAGGUCCGCCGGCAUCAUCGGGGAAUUCCGUCCCGUGGCGUGUGGCGUGUGCGACGCCGACGUAAGCUGCUUUACUGCUGCGACGAGGGCGAUGUCGGGGUCGUGCGGCUGCCGCUGUGCUGAGGGCGGGUACGGGCGCGACUGCCUGCCGAUGCACCUGCCGCACGUGGACGGGUGCAACCGCACGCACGGCAUGCCGCUGCUGAGCCACACGGCGACGCGCAGCCUGACGCCAACGGGGACGCCGAGUCUGAGCACGACGCACUACAGUCCGACGCAGUACAGUUCGACGGAGAGUUUGCAGGUGACGGAGACGGUGGCGCCGCCGCCCACGCGGACCCCGACGGCAUCGGUGAGCAGCACGCUGUGGUGGAGCGACGUGGCGUGCCCGACGCUCGCCGUGACGACGACGGCGGCUGGUGGGAAACUGACGCAGAACGACAUUCGCGGCGGUGGGAGCGCCGUCCCGACAUGGCUAAUGGUGGCGCUGCCGCCACCGUUUCGUUGGGCACGCGACCCGCGGCUCGGCACGCACCUGAGCUUUGUGCCGGUGUCCACGGCGCAGCCGAGCGGGUUUGGUGGUCCGUGGGGAGCGAUGCUGAGCAACGCGACGUGGGAGCGCAACGCGACGAAUCCGUCCACCGUCCUGGAGCUGGCUGUGCCCGUGCACCGCGGUUACUUCAUUGCUGUCGACGAGACGAUAGUCAUUCGCUGCGACGCUGCGGCGGUGUUCGGCGGCUGCAAGGGUGUGCUGCUUGGGUCCUUCACGAUCAGGUUGAACACGCUGCCCGCCGCUGCCAGCGCCCUCUCGGCGAUCACCCGGCGUUGUUGCG